AUGUCAAAUUAUUCUGAAAAUGAUUAUUGGCAAAACGACUUGGACGAUUUUCCUACUCACUUCGCGUUAACGCUGCCAAGUAAAAUUAUAAAACGUAUAGCGCAAUACCUAGACGUCCAACACGACCGCUUCAACUUUUGCCUUGUCAACAAAAGAUGGACCCCCGCAGCUACAGAAAUCUUAUGGUCAGAACCCAUAUUUAAUACGCCAGACUCUUUUCACUCUUUUUGCCGUUCUGUUAGACAAUCAAGGUCAUGUGCUCUUAGAGUUCGCGUAUUAGAUUUAUGUGCACCAGAGGAUGAGCUCGUAAACUUUUUUGCACCUGUUUUGAAGUCAGAACGUCAAGAGCAUCAAAAGAUGUGUACUUAUGUGUUAUCAAAACCAAAUUCUAUCAUGAACUUAGUUCGAUCAUGUGAGAAUUUAAAAAGUAUUAAGGUGUACGGAUGGAAUCUUAGUGAUAAUCAUAUACAAUCUUUAAUUCAGUAUUGUCCGGGACUCGAAGAAUUUCGCGUAGUAGGAAAUCAGAAUCUCACUCAAUUCACUGUCUAUUCGCUUAUAAAUUGUAUUCCUCACCUUCGUGUCCUCGAUCUGGAUGGAGUUUUUGUCUUCUCGGAUAAUUUUGCUGAGACAUUGGCGACCAAAUGUUCUCAACUAACUUCACUCAAGCUUUGUACAGACAUGAUGUCCGUGCGUGGAUUCGAUAUUUUAGCUGGAAAAUUGACGCGUCUGAAGGAAUUAGUGCUACAAAAUUGUCCGCAAAUGUCAGAUGAAAACAUCGAACAUUUUGUACGUAAUAAUUCUAGCUUACAGACAUUGUUGCUAUCCGGUGAUAAAUUAUCCAUUAGGUCUUUUCAAGCUAUUAUUUCUUCGUUAGAAGAUUUGCGUCAUCUGGACUUGAGGUGUUUGAAAGAAAUGUCUCAUACUAUCAAAUGGGUUACGCCACUUGGACAGAAAUUGCGUACAAUAUUACUUGAGAACUUAUCAGUAGACGACGAUCUGAUUAAUAUUCUUUCAAAUAAUUGCAAGCAUUUGGAAAUAUUUGGACUUUCUAAAUGCCCGUUCGUGACAGACCGGUCGAUAGAUAGCAUUGCUGAAAACUCUGAAAAUUUACGCACAGUCAAUUUAAUAGGGUGUCGUAAUAUUACUGAUAAUUGCUUAAGAAUUUUGGCGAACAAAGCAGGUUACACACUUGGUCAAUUGUUUGUCGAAUCAUGUGGAUCUUUUGAUCCAGCAGGAGUGCGUUGGUUCGUUUCUAAUACUUUUAAACUUGUAAGAAUUGCAUUUUGCAAGAUGCCAUCAAUAUCGGAGUCAUUUGUCUAUCAGUUCUCUACUGAACACUAUUCUGGUUCCGACGAUUUUACCGGUAGAUGUACUAUCGAGGGCGAUAAUUUGAAGAAAUUGGCUCAAUAUAAUCAAAAUUCACAUUCAGAAUCAGUCCAACAUCAGCAUGACAAAAAAUUAUCUAAUGAGAUUAAUUCUUUUCAAGAUAUGCAUAACCUUUCUGAAAUUCAGAUAAAUGCGUUGGCUAUCGAAUUAGGUUUAUCCACUGAUGUAUUGAAUAGAGCAGUAAAAAAAGUUCUUGGUAGUGACCGUUCAUCAACUUCAACUUCAGCAAUCGGAGAGGAUUUCGUUCAUAGCACCCAAGGCGCAUCUGUUCACCCACACAAAAUGCGUCAAGAAUCAUCACAUAAUUCAAUCAAGUCUGUGAGUAACAUUAACCAUGAACAAUCAUAUUCUUCACCCAACCAUAAACAUGAACAUUCACACACGGGUUCUCGAGAUUCUUCACACCGCACGUCCAAAGAUUUUUACGAAAACUCGUUAAAUGAAUCCAUACCAAAUAUAAGUCGUCGUCAUACCAUAUCAUCAAUAAGCAGCAGUUCAUCUCAGCCCGUCGUCAUUGAAAGAAAGCAGAUCGGAUGGUCGUCGAUUAAUGUUAAACUAUCUAAUUUGCAUCGAAACUCUACAGAUUCCGAGCGAGAAAGCUUUCCAAGCCAACUUUCUUCUAAUCAUUUGGAGUCAACAUCAUCGAUUCAACCAAGGAUUACAAACGUUGCUACUGAUGAUGUCUUUGAUAAACAUGAAAUUAGUGAGAAUUAUGAAAACGAGCAAAACAAAAUAUCAAAGGAACAACAGUUUGAAAGACAAUUUGUUUUUGAACAAAAUACAUCUUCCCCUGUUUAUUCCGAACAAAACCGAGAAAGUACAUCACCUCAAGCAUAUUCAGAACCGAGCUCAUCAGCUCGAGAAUUACAACAGCAAAACGUAAAAUCACGUUCUAUGUCACCUGAACCUAUGUUGAUUGAAGCAGAUUCGCGCAUAUUACCGACUAACGAUGAAGAGAUAACACGUCCAUCGAGUGCUUUUUCUGAUCGAUCUGCAAAUUCACUUAUUGAUUUUUCACCUUCAUGGAACGGUAUGAAUACGCAUUAUGAUUUGGGUGGAUGGGAAGAAUUAGGGAUAACCGCCGACGAAAGCAUAGAUCACUCACAGCAUCAAUCACUUGGACAAACAUCAUCCUCUCGGCAGUUCGAAUGGAAUGGAAAUCGCUGGGGUUCUUCGACUGAACCAACAACAUAUUAUUCAGAUAAUCCGAUAGAAAAUGUUAAUCCGAGAGAAAAAAUCACAGAGAUAGUUGAUGAAAAUGAAAAUGAGGGAUACCAAUCGAAUAUGAUGAAUGGUAAAGGGAAUCAUAUUAUUGAGAAAAUUGAUAAAGGGAAAGCUCCAAGUGUUGUGACUAAUGAAGUGAUUCGCGCAACCGCUUCACCAAAUUUUAACAGUGACUUUUCGGACCAACAAUUCAAUAAAAAGGAAUCAAAAAACGAUUUUACGUUUCAGAAAGUAGAAGAAAGUGAAUGGCCUAAAAUUUCCACCAAAAGCACACCUACGCGUCUUAAUGAAGAAGAAUGGCCAACACUUGAAGUAGAAACAAAAAAGAGUCCGAAGAGCGCGGAUGUAGAAUUUAAUGCUCAGAGUCAGUCGAGCAUAAAUUUUGCGUCUGCUUGGGGAAGUAAAAAAAAAACCAAAAGGGCUG